AUGAAAAAAGACUUUUAUUAAAACCAAAUAGCAAAUACUGGAACUGCUUACUCUAGAGGAUGCUCAUAAAAUUAUAAAACAAAAAUUAGAAUCCACAAGGGAAGUAAAGUUGAGAAAAAAUAUAAAAAAUUUGAGAAAAAAUGCAACUUCAAAUUAUUAACUUAAAAAUUGCAAAAAAUUGCUUUAGAAUUAGGAAAUUUGGUUAAACCUGCAUUUUGGGCAGGAUAUUUAGGAAUUUCAAUUGGAAGAGCUAAAUAUUUAUAAAAGUAUGUUUUACAGAAACCUGAUUUACAAAGACAAUAACUUGCAUUUACAUUUGAUGCAUAACAUUAAUUGUGGAUUUAAAAAUUUGUAGCUCAAGAAAAUAUCGCUCACUUAAGCAGUGCAAAAUAAAUCAUUUAAGAAUUUAUAGCAAAUUUUCAUAUUUGCAUAUAGCAACUGCAGUUUCAUUAUUUUUUAAGUUGUUUAAACAGCUUGGGUUAUAUACUUAUCGCUAUUUAGUUGAGUUAAUUUUAAAUCUCAAAAUAAAUGUUCUUUAGACAGAAGAUUUGA